GGUGAGAAAUUAUCUGUCAAAAAUAAGAAGUCAGCCAAGACAAUUAUAUAAAAGAAUUUUAAUCUUUAAAUGUUAAAAAAAUUAUUUUUUUAAAAAAUUAAAUAUAUUUAUAUAUUGUUUCAUUCUUAUUUUACACUUUAAAUUAAUUCUUUAUGUAAAAAGAAUUAUACUGAUUAUGUGAUUAUAUGCGGAUAAGUGUAAUAAUUAAAUUAUUGAUUAAACAAUGGAAACAGAGGAAUAUGAUUUUAAAAAACAACAAUUAUUACAUACAAAUAAUGAUUGUAUGCAUAAAAAUCAAACUCAAAAUGAAUAUAUAAAUAAUUUAUUUAAUAAACGUUUUACAAUUGUAAAUAAUGAAUGUUAUACAAUGCCUGAACCAACAACAAUGUUUAAAGAUUGUUUAUGGACAGUCGAUGAAUUACAAUUAAUAAAAAAUGAAUUGAAUGCCAUAAAGAAUUGUUUAAAUAAUUAUGAUCCUGAUAAAUGGCAAUUACAUACAAGAAUAAGAAACAGUGCAAAAGAUGUUAUGACUCGAUUGAAAACUUAUAUUCAACCAGAACUUUUAACUCAAGCAUGGUGUAAAUUUUAUGAAAUAGUAUCAUCGUUUCCUUUAAUACCAAUGAAUUAUAUUCGUAAUAAUAAUAAAUGUUUUAAAUCUGUUCAUUUAUGUGAAGCACCUGGAGCUUUCAUCACAUCUUUAAAUCAUUGGUUAAAAACAAAUGUUCCUAAUAUUAAAUGGGAUUGGUUUGCUAUGACUUUAAAUCCAUAUUAUGAAGGUAAUCCGGCAUCUAUAAUGGUUGAUGAUGACAGAUUCAUUAGACACACAUUAAAUCAUUGGUGUUUUGGAGAAGAUAAUACCGGAAAUCUUAUGAAUUUAAAAAAUUUGAACGAACUUAUAAAAGUAACACAGCCACAUUGUAAUAUAUUCUUGAUUACUGCAGAUGGUAGUAUAGACUGUACAGAUGUUCCAGCGGAACAAGAAAGUGUUUUAAUACAUUUACAUUUUUGUGAAACCAUAACUGCAUUACAAUUGUUAGCUACAGGAGGAAGUUUUUUAUUAAAAAUUUUUACUAUUUUUGAAUGUAAUACAAUAUGUUUGAUAUAUUUAUUAUCUUGUUGUUUUAGUAAUGUGAGUGUUAUAAAACCAGCAACAAGUAAAGAAGGAAAUUCAGAAACAUAUGUUGUAUGUACAAACUUUAAAGGACCAACAUUUAUCUCACCUUAUUUAGAAAAAUUAAAAGAGCAUUAUGAAUAUGGUCCUAAACAAGCAAUUUUUAGUAAGCAUGAUAUUCCAUAUGCAUUUAUGGAAAAAAUUAUACAAUGCAGUGAAUUUUUUAAAUCUCAUCAAUGUCUUGUUAUAGUAAACAAUAUUGUUACAUUUAACUCUGAUGAAUCUAAAAUGUUACAAGAUAUAAAACAAAUUCAAUGUAUGGUUGCUGAUAAAUAUGUUAAAGAUUACAAUAUAAAAAAAUUAGAAACAGGAGAAAUUGUAGGAAACAUAAUUAUAUUAGGAAGAACCAUUAAUACAAAUCAAUAUAAAAGAUCAUUACAAGGAUCAUAUAAUGAACGUUGUGAAAAACAACAAUUAGCACCUUUAGAUAGGAUAGAAAGUUUUUGUAAUGAUUUUAAUAAAAUUGAGAUUCAUGUAUCAUCUGAUGAAGUUAUAAAAUAUAAAUUCUCUGAAUUCCCAGAAGAUUUGCAAAUUCGUUCAGGAAAAGUGUUUCACAAAAUAUAUAAUUCCAAAUUUUGUAAUAAAAAUGCUUUGAAGAUAUUAAAUGGUAUUGAUGAUAUUCUUAAUAAAAUAAAUUUGAAAAUACAAUUUCCUUCGAUAGAGAGUAUAGAAAAUUUAAAAGCUAAAAUUCUCUGUAAACCAAAACAUGAAAUUUUAAUUUUUCGAUAUACAGAUAUUUAUGAUGGUCAUGAAAUAAUCACAGAAAUUUAUGAUACAUUACAAAAACUCGAAAUUGGAACAACAUUAGUUUUAAUUGGUUAUUCAUUGUUUACUCACCUUAAUAUUGAACUUCUUUAUCUUAUAAGCUGUGCUUUUAAUUUAUUAAAAAUUACAAUAUGUAAUCAUGUAGGAUUGAAAAUCACAUUACAUCAUUAUAAUUACAAUCCUAAAAUAUUAAGAUUCUUAAAUGAAAUUAAAGCUGCUUCUUUUGAAGCUCAAAAACAAGAGAAAGCUAUUUUGGAAAUAAUUUCUCCAUCAUUAUUUUAUAAAGGGUGUUAUUUAUGUUAUUCAGCAGACCUUAAUCAUUGGGUCAUAAAAACAUAUAUUCAUUAUGUAUUAAAUAUAAUGAAACAAAGUAUAAAUUAAAAAAUGAUCCAAAAUAAACCAAAGUUGUACCAAAUUUUUGAUAUAAUAAAAUAUAAAUGCAUAUUUGUCAA